GGCUGAGCCAGUCUGGGCGAGCUGCAGGCAUCACGUUGGAGACCUAGGACAGGGGUUGACUCUGAGACACUCCGUGCCCCCAAAACACGGUACAACAUCUGCGCUGGCACCGCCAAGCCCUGAGAAGGAGAGGAUAUCGUGACGGUAACUCCUCUGAGAAUGGUGUUCCCAAUCCUCUCUCUGGUGCUGAGUGCCAUGGCCUUCUUCAUCGGGCUGCCGUUGAAUGGGUACGUUGUCUUUGUCACCAGCUGCCGUACAGGGAGGACGGCCAGUGCCGUGUGGUUCCUGAACCGGGCCGUGGCCGAUUUCCUCUUUAUCGUCUUCCUGCCCCUCAGAUUCAUCUUCAUCCUGAACUUAGAUCAGGCCAAGAUACUGAACAACACCGUUAUCUUGCUCCACAUGUUCUCCAGUGCCUUCCUCCUCACGGUCCUCGGUGUCGAUCGCUGCAUCCUCGUGGCACAUCCUGAGUGGACUCGGAACCACCGCACACCCCUCCUGGCUUUCAUGAUUGUUAUGAGCCUGUGGGCCAUGUCUGUUGGGUUCAGCUUGCGGUAUGGUGAUCUCUGGGAGUCCCUGCUCUCACCUGCCAGUAUAGGCUUGAAUGUCCCACUGGAUGAAGGGAGGGUGAAGGCUGCCUUUGUGAUCCAGUUCCUGGUCGGGUUUCUGAUCCCAUUAGCCUUGAUCUUGAUCCCAACCGUCUACAUCAUUCUAGCUGCCAAGAUGAGAAGGAACAGACUGAUCCAGUCCACCAAGCCACUCAAGAUCCUUCUUGGCUUGAUCCCGACCUUUUUCCUCUGCUGGCUGCCAUACCACGUCUUCUCCUUCCUGCUGAUCUCACCUAAGUACCCCCUGCCUUUUCUUGUCACAGAAAGCAAUUUUGCUUGUGUCCUGUCAUAUUUCAACAGCUGCCUCAACCCCAUCUUCUACCUCACCAUGGAGGAAGAGUUUCUGAGGUACCGGCAUCGUGCACGCAAUCCCCAAACCACCGACAACUCAGGGACAGAGCCGGCUGAAUAGGGGAAUGGAUGGAAUUGUUGAUAUUUCUAUGGAGAAAGAAUUCUGUUCGCUGGGACACGUAACUUCCUCUUGAUCCCAAAGUUGUCUUUUUUAGCAAAUGAAUUUUUUGGCCUUAUUCAUAGAAAAGCCACAAAAAUGAUUUCUGGAUUAGAAAACCUGCCUUACAGUGAGAGACUCAAGGAGCGCAGUCUAUUUAGCUUAACAAAGAGAAGGUGAAGGGGUGACUUGAUCACAGUCUGUAAGUACCUAUGUGUGGAACAAAUAUUUAAGAAUGGGCUCUUUAAUCUAUCAGAGGAAGGUCUAACAUGAUCCAGUGAACAGAAGUUGAACCUAAACAAAUUCAGACUGGAAACGAGGUGUAAAUUUGUAACAGCCAGAGUAACUGACCCUGGGUUUAGCAGGCCAAUGCUCAAACCACUGAGCUAUCCUUCCCCCCUGAUAUGUCCUUUUCUAAGUCUUCGUGUCCUUAUUUUUCUCAUCAUGUCAUUUUUGCUCCCAGUGGGGCUCCAGCUCUUCUUCUUUCCUGUGUUUGUUGAAGAUCAAUGGAUCUAUGAAAGAAAGGGUAACAUUCUCAAAAGGGUCUAAGUUCUAUUUUUUAAAGUGUUUAGGCCCUUGGAAUCUUGCUGAGAGUCAAUGAGACAUAAAAUAAGAAUGGCCAUAUUCUGUAAGAGCAAAGGUCCAUCUAGCCCAGUAUCCUGUUUUUUGACAGUGGCCAGUGCCAGGUGCCCCAAAGG